AGCACUGUCGGCCACCCCCACCGGGAGUAAAAUUGGAAACAAAAAAAUUCUUAAAUUCUUACACAAUGACCGACGAAAAGCAGAAUGGAGAUGAAUUGAACGAUCUUUUGGAUAGUGCUCUUCAGGACUUCGAUAAGGGAAAAGAUGGUGAAAGCGGCAGUGCUAAACAAGAGAAGGCCAAGACUACGGAUGUAAAUACCGAUGGAGGCGAAGAAGAUCCUGAUGCAUUUUUCAUUGAACAGGCUAAAGUGUUAGCGGAUCGUAUGAACACACUCUUCGGAGGCCCAGAUACCCCAUGUGGCGAUGUACCACCGUUGCCUCAGGAUCCUGACCAAAUAAUGGCUGGAUUUAAGAAAAUGGCCGAGGCAGCUGCUCUGACUUUAAGCGGUGAAAAUUCGGCAACCGAUGACGAUGUUAGCAAGUAUUCUGAUAGCAUUUCACAGGCCCUAAAGGGAUUACAGGAAGGCAGUGAGAAUCUAAGCGCUCCAGCUUCCGAUAACGAUAUUGCAAGCAUGUUUGGAUCUCUUAAUUUGGGAGGGGAUGGGCAGUCAGGAGAGGCCGAUGGUAAUAUGUUUUUACCUUUCAUGGAAGGUAUGAUGCAAACACUGCUUUCGGCAGAGAUUUUAUUGCCAAGUAUUAAAGAACUGCUUGAAAAGUAUCCUAAAUAUUUGGAAGAAAACGAUGCCAAACUAUCGACCGAGGACAAGGAAAGAUUCCAAAAACAGCUAGAGUUGUAUAAAAUUAUCGAAGGACAUCUGCAAGCUGAGAGCCCCGAAGAUUCCUCAGCAGUUAAACGUGAAAAAUUUCGUGUGGUUUUGGAUGAUAUGCGAAAAUUGCAAGACUAUGGCCAGCCACCUGCGGAGAUAUUGGCCGAAACUGGGGGAGAUUUACCCUUUGGUGAUGCCACUGGAAAUCCCGGAAAUCCUCAGUGUCCCACGAUGUGAAUAAUUGUGGGAAUGAGAGAGAGGUAAAAUAUGGUGAUGUGUGCCAAUUACUAAUUGUUAGUUGUUGAGUGUUACACAUUGUUUAGUCCAUAAGAAAUUCUUUAUAAAACUGUAUUUUAUUUUUAAUUCAGACAACAAAAGAAAAAACGAAA